AUGAACAAGAGAUUAGCAUUUAAUGUUGUCACAUUGUGCUCACAUAUGAUCGUGAAAGAAACAUGUGAAUUCUUCAACUUUGAAGCGACCAUAAAUAAAGAAAGAUUGAAGGUCGAAAAUAUUUAUUGUGAUAAGAUCUAUUUAACAGUAGUAGGUAGUUUAUUGAGAAGCAGAAUGAAUAAAGAACGUCUUCUCGAGUCUUCUUUAUAA